AUGACGGAUCAUGGCUAUUUUCUCUUGUUCGGAGAUUGCAAGGCGGACAUAUUUGAUGAUAGAACUUUACAACAUUUGGUAGUAAGUGUAAGGCAGAAAGGAAACAGGUGUUUUCCACUAGUUUUCAAUACAAACAAAGAGUUUGCUUUGAAAACCAGUGUGCAUGAGUGUUCCAAGCUGUGGCACAAGAGGUUUGGGCACUUAAACUUCAAAAGUCUCAAGCUGUUACAGACACAAGAACUUGUACUGGGGCUGCCUGAAAUCCAAGUGCAUGAUGCAGUUUGUCAUGGAUGUGCAAUGGGGAAGAAUCAUAGAGAGGCAUUUCCACAAGAAUCGAAAUGGAGAGCAAAGGAGCCACUAGGUUUGAUCCAUUCGGAUAUAUGUGGUCCUAUGCAAACACCAAGUUUGGGAGGAAAUAGAUACUUUAUCACAUUCAUUGAUGACUACUCAAGAAUGUGCUGGAACGGCGUGGCAGAGAGGAAGAACAGAACCAUCAUGGAAAUGGCAAAAUGCAUGAUUCAUGAGAAAGAGCUGCCAUACAAUCUGUGGUGUGAAGCAGUGAACACAGCAGUAUAUCUGUUAAAUCGAAGUCCAACAAAGGCUUUAGAAUCCUCUACACCUUUUGAGAGGUUUAGUGGAAGAAAGCCAGGUAUUAAACAUUUAAAGGUGUUUGGCUCAAUGUGUUAUCCCUUAGUUCCAGGAGCUGUGAGACACAAGCUGGAAGCAACAAGUGUCAUGGGUGUCCUUAUUGGCUACGGCAUCUGUGAGAAGGGAUAUAGGAUAUUGAAUCCUAUAACUGAGAAAGUGAUACUCUCUAGAGAUGUGAUCUUUGAUGAACAUGGCAAGUGGGAUUGGGAGAAGCACAAAGUUAAGGAAAUCUGUAUUCCUUUAUCUGCAAACAGAUAUACAAACAUGGAUAGAACUACUGAUGAGUUGGAAAAUCAAGAUCAAGUGACCUCUGAUGAUACUCAAGUUGAAAGUGAGAUUCCCUUAGCUACUGAGGGUGGAGAAUCAAGUAGUCAUCCUCAGUGCCAUGUAUGCAUUAUUGAGCCUGAGUGCUUUGAUGAGGCUGCAAAGGAUGAGGCAUGGAGAAAGGCAAUGGAAAAUGAGAUAAGCAUGAUAGAAAAGAAUCAGACAUGGGAGUUGGUGAACAGACCAUUUGAUAAACUUGUGAUUGGGGUAAAAUGGGUAUACAAGACAAAAUUGAAUCUAGAUGGGUCAAUUCAGAAGAACAAGGCCAGAUUAGUUGCAAAAGGUUAUGCACAAAAGCCGGGGAUUGAUUAUAAUGAGACCUUUGCACCUGUGGCCAGAUUAGACACCAUAAGGACUCUCAUUGCAUUGGCUGCAAAGAACAACUGGAAGCUGUAUCAGUUGGAUGUAAAAUCUGCGUUUUUGAAUGGGGUACUUGAAGAAGAAGUUUACAUAGCGCAGCCAGAUGGAUUUCUAGUGAAGGGUAAGGAGGAUAAAGUGUACAAACUACACAAGGCUUUGUAUGGAUUGAAGCAGGCACCUAGGGCCUGGUAUGGAGAGAUUGAUUCCUACCUUGUGCAGUGUGGUUUCAAAAGGAGUACCAGCGAGGCAACUCUAUAUGUGAAGUGUAAGGGAAACUCAGAGCUGGUCAUCAUAUCUAUAUAUGUUGAUGAUAUAGUUUAUACUGGAAAUUCUCAAGAGUUAUUACAGGAGUUUAAGACUGAUAUGAUGCACAAGUAUGAAAUGACAGAUUUGGGUUUACUACACCAUUUUCUAGGAAUGGGGGUUAUGCAAACUGAAGAUUCAUCUUCAUACAUCAAAGAAAAUACUGUUGAAGAGGAUGAUGAUAGUGGAGCUGCAGAUGAAGCUCAAUACAGGAAAAUUGUGGGAAGCUUGCUGUAUCUCACAGCAACAAGGCCUGACAUAAUGUAUGCUGCAUGUUUGUUGGCAAGGUUUAUGCAUUGUCCCACAAACAAGCAUUAUGGGACAGCAAAGAGAGUUCUAAGAUAUAUCCAAGGGACUCUUGAUUUUGGUUUGGAGUACAAGAAAGGAGAAGGUUCAGUUUUGGUGGGCUUUUGUGAUAGUGACUGGUCUGGAUCAGAAGAGGAUAUGAAGAGUACAUCUGGAUAUGCCUUUACAUUUGGCAGUGGAAUUUUCUCUUGGGCAUCUGUGAAGCAACAAUGUGUUGCUUUAUCUACAGCUGAGGCAGAAUAUGUGAGUGCUUCAGAGGCAACAACACAAGCCACUUGGUUAAGGUUUGUGUUGGAAGAUUUUGGUGAAAUGCAGACUGCUGCAACACCGAUGAACUGUGACAAUACCUCAGCCAUUGCUAUCACUAAGAACCCUAUAUUCCAUCAGAAAACCAAGCAUAUAAAUCGGAAGUAUCACUACAUCAAGGAAGCAUUGCAGCAAGGAGUGAUCGAUAUAGUUUACUGUCCUACAGAAAAGCAAGCAGCUGAUAUCUUCACCAAAGCCCUGGCAAGAGAGCAGUUCACUUAUCUUAGAGAGCUUCUUGGUGUGAAAUCAGUCCACAAUUUAAAGGGAAGUGUUAGUGUAUAA